AUGCUCCACCCUAAAGACCUAACUAUUGAUUUACAAAGCUCUACUAAAACCAAUCUAGACGUAUGGACUCCAACUGUGGGGGGCGGCAAAAAAAAUUUUAUAUUAAUAUAAUUAAUAAAAAAAAAUAAUUAUUAUCAAUAGCCAAGAUCCAUUUAUGGGUGGCUACUUAAUUCACACCUUUCAUAUUAUAUUCUACUCUUAUCAUAUAAACUUAUUGUGCUAGAUUGUAUAGAUUGUUUGAAUUAACACCUUGUGACGUACCGUUCGGCCGCCUUGUUAUUUUAGUCGCGCGAGCGCCAAGUUGACGGCUGCCAAGAGCAAGGUCACCAACCUGGAGCCGAGAUCCGAAAACCGAAGCUCCAGGAUUUUCGUUUGUUUACCGGAAACAUCGAACACCCGGUUUCGGUAGUUGAUAGGAGAAAAGGUACUUAAUAACUAUAAUAAGGAAACACGGAGUUUUGGGGGAAAUUAAUCAUGAUUUUAAUAAUAGUUAUUAAAUGAUUAAGUUAAGUUGUGCGACAGAAAAGCCAGAGGCAUAAAAACUAUCGCUCAAAUAAAUAAAACGAAUGAAAAAUUAUACAUGUGCAAUCACAAUUCAAAUAAAUAGUAAAUAUGACGAUAUUUUCAUCAUCUUAACAGGGAUAUUAGUAUAACCAAGUUACUAACUUGAACACUAACCUUAUACGGGAUCAACCUUUCACAAUAUAAUUAGCACUCAUAUCGAGGCAUAAUGGGACGUGUGCAAGCAUGACAGUGAUUUACUUAAAUAUUAAUUAGGAUGGGUUCGCACGUCCGCAUGUGUGGAGAUCGGUAUAUCGAGUCCGGACGUCGUCACGUGGAACAUCGUGAAUAAUAAAUGUAUUUUUUUUUUCUAUAGAGGCACCGAACAGGGACGUGUGUUCGCCACGCACACAAAUUAAAACCGGGACGGACAGCCAAAAGGCUAUGGUUCCAUGUUUGUUUGUCCGUGAUUAAAGUAGCCCAACGGGUCGACCUGCGGGGUCGCGUCCACAAGUCGGAUAGCGAAUGGGAUCAUCGAUCCACGAUUGUAUGAUUAUUUCGUAUACACACGCGCGGUCGUGGAUAUGAAAUCCUAAUAGGAAAAAUGAAAAUAAAACAAAAAAUACGGAUUUGGGGGGGUGGUUUGCCUAUUGCACACAGGGUGUGAAAUCGGACGAUUACUGCACAGAGACGAAAGCGUCACGCAGAAACAAUGGUUGAUCCCCGUAAUUAUAAAAUAAUAUUAAUACUAACGGAAUUAAAACAAUAUUUACAUGUAAAUAAGACGACUAUGAGCCGAGAGCCCCGCGUAUAAAGUGAACAUUUUCCAUUUGAGACAUACACACGGUAUUGCAAAUAAACGUCACGUGGGUAGGGCACCCGAGUUAGAAUAUUUAAUAUAAGUAUAAAUGCAAAAUAAAAACUCGACAGCUAAAUGAAGUGGACGGGGUGUCGGCCAACUAUGAAAUUAAAUGUACGUUACCAAGUGUCGGUAGUCCCGAGGACAUCCGCCAUUGCGGACCGCAGUGGUGUUCGCUCGUGCGUGGUAUUGUUGAACGACAUCGCAGUGGAACGAGAAAAGUCGCCAAGGCGGCACAGCCUCACUUGCUGGGCGAAAAGUACGGAAUGAAAACCCGAGACUCGCCGGACGACGAGCGUCGUCAGCGACAGUGAGUCGACGAGAAAAGAUUGAAAUGAUUGGCCGACACCCGCGGUUAUGUUUACAAUAUUUUUGGACGGCGGACACCGGUUGCGAGCGGACGAACGCGCCGGUAUGGUUGUUGCAAGGUCUUUGGAGAAAUAACGUAUCCGUCGCCCACCACCAUAAUCGAUUAAAACCGGCGUACUAUUAUGAGCGCGGGCACAUUAAUUGCGACGUAAUGAUAAAACAAGAAAGGGUCGUUAUUGGACGUUACAAUCUGUAAAGCGUGAUUUUUCCAAGAGGUGAAUUCGACUGGGGUGAUAUUUCAGGGAGGUCAUUUUUCGAUUUUCUCGUAAAGUUUUAAACGCCGAAAAAAACGUAGGAAAAUCGCAAAAAUUUAAGUAAUGCGUAGGUAUUAGUUAAAAUAUAUUACGGCCUUCGUUUUUCCUGUGAACAACUUUUUUACCAGCAAUUUUGCUCCGAUUUUUAAGUGUAGCGCCUUAUCUGAAAGAAAAUCUAUGCGGGGAGGUCACUUUUUCGAUUUUCCCUAGUUUUCCCAGCAAAUGUGAAAAACCGAGAAAAAACAUGAGAAAACCGGGAAAAUCGGUACAACAUUAAUCAAAUAUUACAAAGAAAUUAUAAAAAGCCUAUUUAAUUAUUUUAUGACACAUAUGUUAUUGACAAAGCAAGCAUCACUAUCAACUGAACUGCGAUCAGAAUCGUUUUUUCGUUCGAAUUGGUUUAUCGUUGCUUACAGAGUUACAAAUACUUAUACGUUAAAUUAAUUAUAACAGUGACUGCGCCCGUCACCAUUGUCCUAAGACGUCUUUUUAAUAUUUACUUUUAUACCAAAGGUAAUAAAUACAAAGGUGACAUUUGUAAUAAAUUACAAUUUGUAUUAACUCUUAAAAAAUAAAAAUUGUAUUAACUAUAUCUGAUGAUUUAAUUUAUCUACUUAGUACAAACAUGAAAAAUGAAAACAAUAAUGCACGAGUGGUCAAGUAGGUUGGGCUCCUAAAGAAAAAUUUUGGUUGGGCGUUUCGAUGACCAAGCCAAUACUGGUAGAUACCUAUAUACAGUGGCGUUUUGGAGGGUAUACACAGGUAUACGACGUAUACCCGUGAAACAUCUUGGUGAUUUAGCGUAUACUUUAUAAAAGUAACACCAAUACGCUCGUAUACUUACUUCAUAAAUAGAAAAAAAAAAACAUUAUCAACAAUGAAGAGAAUUAUAAACAUGAAGAGUAAAUCCAUAGGGCAUACGUUUAUUUUUAGAAAAUUUGUUAUUGGAAGGUUAAUAUUAUUUAAUAAUAACAUUGAUAAUUGGUUAUUAUUUAUAACUAUCGAUUAUCGUUUAGCUAUAUUCAUUAGGUAUCAAAUUAUAAUAUCUACAAGCGGCCUUUGAACGUUUCUAUACAAGAAUAUUCUAGAUAGUGUUGCGAUUGUUAUUCCGAGUGCUGACUUCCUGCGGUAUUGCUCGUCUUUCUUUAUUAUGUAUUUUACAUUUUGUUUCUUAUAAUUUUUUUUUUUUUUAUGUGGCUUGUGAAGUGAAGUGUUAAGUGUUGACAAUAUAGAUUCUUCACACACACACACAAAAAAAAAAAAAACACUUUAUUUUCUUAUUUUUCUACAAAUACAAAUAAAAAAACCGGUUUAGAAAAUGUUGAGAUAAGUAACUAUAAAAACUAAUAAGUUAAUACAUUUUAAAUUGUCUUUAUUUUAAUAAUUCGUUUACUUGUGCGCUAUUUAGGUGGCGUCUAAAAAAGUAGAAUCUCAAUUAUUGUCAUCUAUCUCAUAAAUAAGAGUAUAAGGUAUAUUGUUUUCUUUUUCUAUUAUUUGUUAUUAUUUUGUUUAUAAUAUAACAACAUAAUGACAUAUUCAUAAAAUUAUUUAUUUAAAAUUGUUACCAUAUUGUAACUAAAUUGUUACUAUAUUGUUAUAUUUGUUUACUUCAUAUAAAUGUUUUUCACAUUUAUAUAAAAAUUAUAUUCUUUUUCGAUUGUUAUGCAUUUUUUUUGAAAAAUGCACUUUAAAUUUUGUUUUUUACAAUAUAGGUACCUAUUGCUCUAUAACAGAAUUUAAAAACUCCUAGUACUAUACAAUGCUUAGGUAGUUCAUAUAGGUACAUAUAAUUGCAUAUUUGAGACUUAAUAAAAUUAAAAUUACAUUUUUAGUUAUUUUUCUCAUACUUAAUGAGCAAAAAGUAAUUUAAAAAUAAUUAUUNGUUUUAAUUUUAAAAAUGCAUGCAGUAAAGGGUUAAAACCGUUCGGUAGAAUUUAAGUUAAUAAGUUAAUAGAAAACAAUUCACGUUUCAAUUAUUAUUUAUUUGAGUCAAAGUAGUACCUACUGUACUAAUCUAAUUUGUAUAUUAUACUACAUAUAAAAAUUAGAAACCACAAUUUUAAUAUUUUGUUUUUCGUGAUUAUUAAUUAUGGUAAUUUAUUAAAAGUUACAACCAUCGUCAAGUAAUUUGAAUUAAUUUAUUUUUAAUAAAUAUAUUAAUUAAUUUUUAAUUAAAAAUUGUAUUGGUACCAAAUAUCUCUUAUUCAAGAUACUGGAAAUUCUGAAUGGUACCUAAUCUAAUUAUAUACUUAAAUGGUUUUAUUUGUUGUAGGUAAAUGAAAAUCUGUUUUCCGAGCCAUCUUCUUCAUCUAUUCAAUUAGACAAUGUUGAGGCUUCUGAAGCUGACUGUCAGGAUUCACUGUGGCGCCGUCUGAGUGGACAUCAAUGCAAUGGGCAGAAAAAAAAAAAAUUUAAAGGACUUUACUGUGCUGAUGGAAAAAUUAGAUGUGAUAUAUGCAGAAAAGUGAGUAAAUUAAAAACCCCUCAGAAGAUUGAAAUAUCUCAAAAAUGGGCAACAUGUGAAAUUGAUGGAGGUACAAAUACUAACAAGAAAACUUGCCUCACUAUUUUAAGAAAUAAACUUAAAAAACAUUUUGAAUCCAAAUCUUUUGUUCAAAUAUUAGACAAUAAAGAUAAGAAUAUGUUGUCCAAGCUUAUGGAAGAAAAGGAUUACCAGAUAAACAAAACUACACAUUCUAUUUUCCGUACUGCUUAUUAUAUAGCAAAAUAUAAUCGUCCAUUUGAUGAUCAUUUAAAACUAGUGCAAUUACAGAAACUAAAUGGUAUAAAAUUAGGGUUUACCCUCCAUUCUAGACACUCAUCUAUCAAUAUUCUUCAACAUAUUUCUAAAGAAAUGAAACACAAAAUUAUUAAAAAUAUUAUUGACAAAUGCAAAAUGUUCCAUACUAAUUGACGAAUCAACUACACUCAGUGAUUUAUGUAGUGAUUCAUAGUUAUUUAUUUAAAAGUAUCAAUGUCGAUUAAUGAACCUCUCUUUAUUUUUUUAGACUUGGUUGAAUUGA